UUCAAUGAAAAUACUGAGACAACAAAUAUAAGGGUUAUGGACGAACCUCUAGAGAUUGUUAAUGAUUAUACGUACUUAGGACAGACAGUAAGAGUUUCCCCAGGCCAUCAGACCAAACUUAAAAGAAGGAUAAGCAUUGGAUGGAGAGAUUUUGGUAAACAAAAUGAUAAUUUGAAAAGUGAAAUGCUACUUUCUCUAAAAAGAAAAGUAUUUAAUCAGAUGGUCCUACCAGUAUUAACUUAUACAUCAGAAACUUGGAGCCUUACUAAAGCCUUAGAACAUAAGCUAGUUACAACUCAAAGAGCUAUGGAAAGAACAAUGAUGGAAAUAACACUAAGAGACAGAAAAAGAGCAACAUGGAUACGAGAGCAAACUAAAGUAGGGGGUAUUCUAACAAGAGCAAGAAAAAGAAAUGGGCGUGGGCAGGACAUAUAUAUAAUGAGAAUGUCAGAUAAUUGAUGGUCAAAAAAGAAUAACAGAAUGGAUCCCAAGAGAUUGCAAGGGAAGCAGGGGAAGGAAGAGAAGACGAUAGGUGGCAGUACAAGAAGUUACCAAUGAAUUAGGUCACAUGAGUAAGCAUAAAUUUUUAUCUAUCAUUUAAGUAAAAGGUCGGUAUCUGCUUUUAAGUUUUCUCUAACACUGUAUCAUUGUCUAUGAUGCACUAGUCCGGCCACAUAAAAUUGGAAUUCUUUAUGUGAGAACAAUAAAAACAAUGUCCAGGAUCCUCAUCAGGACUCACAAAAAAAUAUCUUUCACCUUAACCCAUAACCGAUACCUGAGAAAAUCACUGCAAAACACCAUCACUGUCUAUUGAUAUAUAUUCGUGGAUAGACAGACAGGAUAACAAACAAAUAAAAAUAUACGAUGGAAAUCACGUCCUUUGAUUAUUUGAAUACCAUUUGCCAAUCGAAAGUAAUUUAAUUGAUAAAUUUUUUUCAAAGAGAACAAGAUAAUCAAUGUUUAUAGCGUGAUGAUUAUGAAGACAUUUCCCUCCUGCUUUGAUGUGUGUUCCUAAGAUAAGAAGUUAUGCUUAAGAAAAAGAUUUCCUGGUGUAUGCCACAGGCUGAUACCAAAGCCAAGCAGAAGAGAUGAUGCCGUGGGUUUUGCGGUUUACUCUUCUUGUAAAGAACAAGACGAGGAUGGAGAGAGAGACCCUGUCUUCAACCACGGGUGUUGUAUAGAAAUUCUUGUCAAUAGAGUUUCUUGCCUUUCAGAUUCACUCCAUUGAGGUGAAAAUGGCUCUUAUCAGAAGUAGUAGUAACAACAAUAAUAACGAAAUUAUAAUAAAUAUGCAAUGACAAGGACAAAUUGUGACGGAUAUAUCUUAUCACUGAAGGUCAUCUCCCUCUCGACCUGCCUGUUUAGAGAACCCUCUGGCAUAAACCCUCUGACCCCUCCCAAGAUCCUACCCCAACAUGCCCCACUCUCCCAGCAGCCCCACAGCCACCUUCUCUCUCUCUCUCUCUCUCUCUCUCUCUCUCUCUCUCUCUCUCUCUCUCUCUCUCUCUCUCUCUCUCUCAGGGUAUGGAGGAUGAGAUGGGACAACCUUUAUAAAGGAAGCUAAUCCCAAACAGGCUCAAACACAACGAUCCCGCACUUCAGUUACUAAAGAGCCUCCAGUAUGAGGACCGUCGAGCUCUACGUGCGUCUGUCGGCUUCAGCUCUAAUCUGCAUUCUGCGAACGGACGCCUGCACCAGGCCUGAUCCUCGGACAGCAUCUGGAUCCUGCAUAAACUUCGAUAACAUACAAAAACUAUUCGAGAGAGAUGACCCAGCAGCAUUUUAUAAUGAAGCUUGUUUGUUCCGAGGGCCAGACCCGCCAACCUUAGAGGACCUAGCGGUUAUAUCCAAUGAUGUGUUUAACGGAAGAGUUCCACAUUACAUCCAAGACAACAGUUACCUUGUACUUGAUAAAUUUGUCGGAAAUUCCUCCACACUGGAUGGUUCUUUCCAUUCUAAAAGGGGCGUGACUUACGGAAUUUUCAAGACUGAUGUGGAUACAGGAACCUAUUCUUCAAUUGACUUCCAAACCCAGAAUGGCAAGGAAAGUGAUCGUGCUUCAGCAACAGGGACUGCCUUUUUUACUUAUGUGCGUUAUACUAUAGGAAAGAAAUCCAUCAUUUUCCAAUCUACAACACUGGGAAUCCUGCUGAAAAAUAUGACGAAUGGUCAACUGACUCCAUAUGGCAACUACACAGGCGUCUCACAAGGCACCGCCAACAGCUUUUCAGACCUGACGACCAGAGCGACGGUUAGUUCAUACGGCAUUCUGAACACGGCCGAUUUUGCCUCUAAGAACAUACUCCAUGGACAAGGAAGGUAUGACCCCAGAUAUUCUGGGAAUGUGAAACUGGAUAUAUAUUCAGUGACGGGAGGUACCAAUGCCACUGUAAGCAUAAAGAUUAGCAAUCGCCCGGGAAUGCAUAAUUACCAGAUGUCUAUUAGUGCUUCUUUGCAAAAUCCUGAUAAGCGAGACAGCUUUUUGGCUCUUCACGAAGGAUCGUUCAUUAGAGACUUGUCAGACUCAUUCGGUGAAAGUAACCUGGCCAGAAUCUUCUCUAUGGCCCGUUCAGGAGAAGACAUUUACCUUCCUUGAAUGAGUGGGCAGAUACAAGGACAAUAAACAGACAGGUGAACCAACAUCAUGCAGUUCAACACGGGGGGGGAUCUAUCUCUACUACAAACUGAAACGAUCUUUGAUAUUUCAUUGAAGCGAACAGAACAGCUUUGUGCAUCGCAUACAGUUAAAUGUGUAGUGUAAGCAUCAAUUCAAUUUUGUAUGAUUACAAAGUCGUCACCAUUUUGCGCUUUUUUUCAAUUAAUGGUCUGGAAAUAUGAUGCGAGAAAAUAAAUAUAUGGAAAACA